GAGAAACGUGGUCGUACAUCCAAUCAGACGUUCACAAUCCCGGGACCCGGAUGCCUCGCUGUUCUGCUUUAGUGUACCGCUCACAAUUUUGUGAAACUCUUCACACAACUACAAACAACAGUGUAAGAGCGAACACACACGCCACCUUUUCACGGGUUGGGCCUCUUUGCCCCACUGCAGCCCACCAUGCCUUUGGUGACAAGGAACAUAGAGCCACGGCAUGUGUGCCGCCAGACUCUCCCUUCAACUGUGCGCAGUGAACUAGAAUGUGUCACCAACAUCAGCCUCGCCAACAUCAUCCGGCAGCUCGGCAGUCUCAGUAAAUAUGCAGAGGAUGUGUUUGGGGAAUUGUUUGUCCAGGCCGAAGCAUUUGCUACCAGAGUUAAUACACUUGGAGAAAGAGUGGAUCGUCUGCAGGUCAAAGUCACACAGCUGGACCCCAAGGAAGAGGAGGUCUCCCUCCAGGCCAUUACCACUCGUAAGGCAUUCCGUAGCAGUGUGAUCCAAGAUCAGCAGCUGUUCACUAGACCGUCUUUGCCAAUGCCUGUUCAAGACACCUACACUGUCUGUAAUCCACCUCCACCUCUCAACCAACUCAGCCAAUACCGGGAUGAUGGCAGGGAAGCCCUGAAGUUUUACACGGAUCCCUCCUACUUUUUCGAUCUGUGGAAGGAGAAGAUGUUGCAGGACACCAAGGACAUCAUGAAGGAGAAACGCAAGCACAGAAAGGAGAAGAAGGACCAUCUGCACCAAAGAAACCUCAAUCCACGCAAAAUCAAGACCCGGAAGGAGGAAUGGGAACGCCGCAAGAUGGGGGAGGAGUUUGUGGUGCCUAAGAAUGACAUGAUGAAUUCCACUGAGGGUCUGAAUGGCAGUAUUGGAUCAGGAGACGGUUUCACUUCUGAAGGCCUGGAGCUCAGCACUGGCUCCUAUGCUUAUGAUCCCACCUCCCCUCUGCCAGUGCCUGGCACUGAUGACAUGCUUCCUCCGCCACCACCAGACAUGACGUAUCCUGAUGGACAGUACGGAGCACCCCCCCAGCAGCGUUUCAGUAUCCUCAGCCCAAGCCACCCGCCUCCUGCUCCUCCCAUGGCCACCUCCCCACCCAACUCCCGACCCAACCUGUCACCUCCCCCUGCACCUCCUCCACCACCCCCAACAAGUGGUUUUGGGGUCCCCCCACCACCUCCUGGUUUUGACAACCCACCCUCCCCUCCACCUUUCUCCUCAUCUCCCACUUCUUAUCCCUCCCCUCCUGCUGCCCCACCUCCCCCCUCCUCCGCUCUCUCUCCUCCUCCUCCACCACCCCCCAUGCCGGCUGGUGGUGGGCCACCACCUCCUCCUCCACCACCACCUCCUCCUGGCCCUCCUCCCCCAUCCUUCAACAACUCUGCUCCCCCUCCUCCGCCCUCUGGUGGCGGAGCGGCACCGAGCUCUGCUCCCAAACAGCAGCCGGCCCCAGCAGGUGACGCUCGCAGUGACCUGCUGUGCGCCAUCAGACAAGGGUUCAACUUGCGGAAGGUGGAGGCACAGAGGGAGCAGGAGAAGCGAGACCACUUUGGCAACGAUGUGGCUGCCAUCCUGUCCCGUCGUAUCGCUGUGGAGUGCAGCGACAGCGAGGACGACUCCUCGGAGUUCGAUGAUGACGACUGGUCCGAAUAAUCUUUGCUUGUCACUGUUCACCACGACUACCGCCAUUGUAUUCCUUUUAACGUCAUCAGAAUACGUGCGCCCCACAUUUUGUGUGUGAGUGUGUGAACAGGAGAGAAUUUGAGAUCACGUGUGCACAUCAUAUGUGCCUUUGACCUGUUGAUAAUCACAUUCCUGAGCACAUUUGAGUAUAGGUGUUUUUUUUUCUAUUCAGAGCAAUUUGGUCCCUCAGAGGUGCAGAUCUGGAGAUGAGACUGUGUGAUUGUGUCCCAGUUUACCAUUCCUCUCACUUGCAAACUGAAUGUGUGAUCGAUGUGAGAUCGUUAUCUGCUGUGACGCCCAUUCUCCUGCUGAGUCAUGGCAUCACACAUAGUGUCUCCGACAAUCUGGUGCAUGUGAGCUGCAGAUUUAACAUCCUGAUUUAAAAAAAAAAAACUUUAACCAGGCAAAAUAUAUUAAACAUCUUAAAGUGCAGUAUUUGUAGGUGUCCUGAAAACACCAGGAUACGGUUUUCAUGUCAUCAUGUCAACCAUCGUCUCCAGUCAACAUAUAAACGUUUAUGUUAUAUUGCCAUCUAGCCAAAUUAACAAACAUACAUUCCCAACAAUCCUGCUGUUUUUUUAUUAGUGUGUUUGUGUUUUCUUACGUGUGUUUCUUGUGAUCGGUUGACUUGUGGAUAAGACCUGGUUGUGGUGGAUAAAUCAAUUUAUGAAUAAUUCAGUGGGACAGGAAGUAUUAGCUCAGGUCAGAAAGCUGGGGUUUCUGCAGAGACUGACGUAUAGUAUAUUAGCACAAGAACGAUUUAUUUCUCUUUCACGUCUGUCGUGUUUUUCUCUUUUUUUUUUUUUCUAUUUCUGAGGGUGAACUCGGUUGCGUUGCGUCAAUCACUGUGUAGGGUCAAUUAAUGGUCUGCUUUAACCUGCCGUUGGAUAUUUGUAUUUUUAUGCUUUGAGUCAUUAUUAGUUAAUUAACUUUAUCCACACUUCUCCUAAUCAAAAAAAUGCCUUUAUUGUGUGAAAGGAAGAACUGAGUAGUUUCAACCACAGUUUUUUCAAGUGCCUCUAAUCUGGUCUGCUUUCGUUGGAGCACAAUCACACAUCAUGCUUUGCCAAAGUUCUCCAUCUCAUGCCUUAAAAUUUUCUAAGUGUUUCUAGUUAUUUCAAUAAAAGAGUAUAUUGCA